ACAAUGGUGGAAUGCAGAGAUUUGUAAGGAAAGCCAACCUUACACCCGUCCCUAAUACAUUCGAUUUAGUUUUAAAUAGUGUCUAUAUUGCGCCCAAUCAUGGCCAAUAAUAAUAUCAUCUUUACACCCUUUUUACCACUGAAGAAGAAACCCGAUCGAGAUUCUGAGUGGAGAAAAUUAAAGGACAAAUCCAGAAAUCGGAUUAAUAUCGGAGAAGCUUUUACCAGAUGGAGGAACCUCAAGGAGGGGAAAUCUAUGCCUACAGAUGCCGAAGUGGCUUUGUUUUUGCUUGACAGGUUAGCUGCCCCCCCUCCAAAACCUGCUGCCCCCCCUCCCUCCCCAGAAGAUAUCAUCGUGAACAUCGACUGCCUGCUGCAGCUGUUUCAGCGGUGUGAGCAGUGCAGGCGUGAGAGUGUGAUCCAGACGCAGGGAGACAGGACAUGCCUCUCUGUGACCCAACACUGCCAGAGCUGCAACCACCGCAGGACAUGGGCAAGCAACACAUCUACUGUCCAGACAAUGCACAGAGGAAAUGGGGACGAGCCACAUAAUAUUCAGGUUGACAUGCAGGUGGCCCUGCCGUCUGAGAACCAAGAUGGGGACUUGCCAUCCGAGGACAGAGAUGAGGCUCUGGAUCUGACUGGCUCUUUGGAGAUGGAGGUGACUGUAGACCAGCCACCAAGACCAGGAGGAAGUGGCAUGUCCCUGGUGAGGUGGAAAAAUGAAGGGAACAAAGGAACAGAGGAGAGAAAGAAAGUGACUAAGGUGGUGUUGGACAGUGAGAUGGACUGUGCACAAAGCCAGGAGGACAGUGGCCUGUCCUCACAGGAGAAUGAGGAAGGAGAGGAGAGAAAGGGAAAGUUCCUAGGUGGUGAACAACAGAAGAAUGGUGCUGAGCAGCAGGCCUCUAUUGAAGUGGCAAUAUACUCUAUAGAGCCUGAGGACUCUGAAAGCCCAACCUCUCAGAUAGACAGAGGAGAGAAGACUGAGGUAGCUGCAGAUGGGUGUGAGGGGGAGGGUGAUGUGUGUGAGAUGGAGGGUGAAGAGACAGAUGAGGAAGAUAGACAGACAGAGAGUGACUCUGAAUUUGACCCAGAAGCUGAGGAAGAGGGACUGAGAGAGAGUGACUCUGAAUUUGACCCAGAAGAGGAGAAACCAACGAGUAGUACAGGGAGAGGGAGGGGAAGGGGGAAAAGGGGAAGGGGAUGGGGAAGGGGGAAAGGGAGAUGCAGAGGAAGGCAAUUGCAGCAGCCUACAGGAGGGACUGGUUUGGAUGAGUCUGCUGAAGACUCUGAUGGAUCACCUUCAUCAUCAUCCCAGAGAGACCAGAAGGACCAGGAGUCGUUCAGCGGUGCUGCUGGAGAACUGGACUCCGGGGAUCUUGCCAGCAUCCGGCAGAAAUUCAAAUACUCUAAAAAACACCACAUGGUCCUCUGUCCUGAAUGUGGCGUCCUGUACACCACCAGGCUGAAACACCAUAAGUGUGAACACAAGUUCAUGGUCCGCUGUCCAGACUGUGGGCAGGGUUGUGCGAGUGAACUGGGCCUCAAGCAGCACCGGAGGCUACACCGUCAGGACCUUAAGUUUCCCUGUAAGUUCUGCCUCCAAUCCUUCAGGACGCGGCCGGACAAGCUGACCCACGAGAAGACCCACAGAUUCAAAAGAUUAAAAGGUCACAGAUGCUACAGCUGCUCAGAGUGCCCACUGAGCUUUGACAACAUCCUCAUACGGAAUCGCCAUCUCAGAGAGCACGAGUCCAAGAGACACAUCUGUCACACAUGUUACAAGGAAUUCAACAAAGGUCACCUCCUGGAGAGGCAUGCACUGUCCCACAGUGACGACAAGCCCUUCAAGUGCCAGGUGUGCCAGCGUGCCUUUGCCCAGCUCAGCCAGCUGAAGUCCCACCUGCGUGUCCACACUGGGGAGAGGCCCUUCCAAUGCCAGCGCUGUGACAAGAGCUUCAACCACAACGUCAGCCUCAAGAACCACGUCAGACGCUACCACAGCCCAGACUCAGGGCUGGACCCUGAUGGAGGCACAGAAGUUGGGGGACAGGGGGGGAGGAGGGAAACAGAUGUCAGGACUGGGCAGGAGGGAGGGGAGGUGAGACUGAGGAAGCCCCGGCAGCAGGUAGAGCUUACCUUUAUGACUGAGUGGGAGAUGUGGGCAGGAGGAGAGGGAGCAAAGAGAGUGGAGGAGAAACCGAGGAAGAGGAAACGCCAGUGCAAUGAUGAUCCUGAAGAGGAGGAGGAGAGGCAGCGAGAGAGUGACUCUGACUUUGACCCAGAGGCGGAGAAGAAGAUGGGGAGUAGUAAAGGGAGGGGGCCAGGGAGAGGAGGGGGGAGAGGAAGUGGAGGGAGUCACUAGCAGAGGCCUACAGGAGAGACUUCUGCAGGCACUGUUGUUGGAGAGAUGGGGGGACAGAGAGACAAAGGCUGUAUUCAUUAGUGCACACUGUACCAAAACAUUUUGUAACCGAAAAUGAAAACAAGUGUUUGUUAUUGGACAAGUUCAGGUACUGCCUUGCCGUUUUGGCCCAUUUGCUUCUGAUUUGUUCUUAGUGAAUAUGACUUUUUUUUAAAAUUGAACCUUUAUUUAACUAGGCAAGUCAGUUAAGAACAAAUUCUUAUUUACAAUGACGGCCUACCCCAGCCAAACCCUAACGACACUGUGGGACUCCCAAUCAUGGCCGGUUGUGAUACAGCCUGGAAUCGAACCAGGGUCUGUAGUGACACCUCUAGCACUGAGAUGCAGUGCCUUAGACUGCUGCUUCACUCGGGAGUCCCAAGACUAACAGCAGGAAACAUCUCCUGGCACUAGAAUUUGUUAUCCUCAUUUUCUGUCUUUGAAUUUAGAAUGUUUUUGGAUUCCUAGAACCUGAUUGAAGAAUCUAAAAUAUAUUUAGAUUUGUUCAACUCUUCUUUUGGUUACUACAUGAUUCCAUAUGUGUUAUUUCAUAGUUUUGAUGUCUACACUAUUCUACAAUGUAGAAAAUUGUGCAAAUAAAGAAAAACCCUUGAAUUAGUAGUUGUGUCCCAACUUUUGAGUGGUACUGUACAGUAUCAGUCAGAUGUUUGGAAACACCUACACAUUGCACAUUAAAUGUGUAACGUUGCCCUAAACUGCCGUUUCUGUACUCUAUAUGGUGUCAUGAUUAUCACUAAUCACACCUAGUUUGUGAUGUUUCAUAUACGCUAAUGGCAGGUAAUGCACCAGAAUCUAGUUUUGAAUGCACCAGUAUCAGAUUUUUCAACCCAGGUACUAGCAACAUAUGGGCCUCGGAAAUACUGCUCCCCAGCUUAACACUUUGAUCAUUAUUAAAUAUCAUAUUCCAUUAAUGUAAAGAUAAAAAUAUAUAUAAGAGAAGUCUCAGUUGGAGUUAGAUAUCCAUGGAAGAAUGAAUAAGCAAAGUCGUGUGAAGUGUAAGAAGAUCACCAUUUAACGCAUUCACAGUGUCUUUUCUGGGCCUUGGCAGUCAGAUUACUGGGGAAAUGUCAUGAGCAGUGCUACGUACACCAUGAUAGGCUGACCACACCGCUCGCGUUGCAAAAUACAUUUAGAAAUCUCUGUUAUGCAAUUAUUGCACCCACACUGCUCG